AUGUCUGAACAAGUAACCAUCUCACCCAUCGAUAACAAACCUUUUGUUACCGUGCCAUUGGCCACCAGCGAACAAGUCGAAGACAUAAUAGAACGUUCAAAGAAAGCUUUUCUGUCAUGGAAGAAGGUUCCCGUCAGAGAACGCGCUACAAUUGUUUCAAAAUUUGUGGACGCGUUUGUUGCCAAGAAAGCGGAGAUCGCAAAAGAGUUGACAAUGCAGAUGGGCAGGCCGAUUAGGUAUACCGAGAGUGAAAUUAACGGUACAGCUGAGAGAGCCAAGUACAUGGUGUCUAUCGCAGAAGAGAGUCUCAAGGAUGUGGAAAUUGUUGAUUCCAGUAAACCGGGUUUUAGGAGAUUUAUUCGGAAAGAGCCAUUAGGACCAGUUCUCAUCAUCGCAGCUUGGAAUUAUCCUUAUCUAAUCUCCGUUAACGGCGUGGUUCCCGCGAUUCUUUCGGGAAAUUCCGUUAUCUUGAAGCAAUCCUCCCAAACACCCCUGUGCGCCAAAAGGUUUGCGGAAGCUUUCAAAGAAGCUGGAUUACCUGAAAAUGUUUUUCAAGUUUUGCAUGCUUCACAUGGUGAAACGGAAAAGGCCGUUAAACAUUCGGAUAUUUCCUACGUAAAUUUUACUGGAUCUGUUGAGGGUGGCAGAGAAAUCCAGAGAGCCGCUAAUACCAAAUUUAUGGCGAUCGGACUUGAACUAGGUGGCAAGGAUCCUGCCUAUGUUAGACCAGACGCUGACUUGGAUUAUACGGUGGAACAGUUGGUGGAUGGUUGCUUCUUUAACAGCGGGCAGUGCUGUUGCGCCAUUGAGAGGAUAUAUGUACAUGAACAAGUUUACGACAAGUUUUUGGAGAAAUUUGUGGAACUGACCAAACAAUAUAAAUUAGGCAAUCCGUUAGAACCUGAUACAACUCUUGGUCCGAUGGUCCGUACGAAAGCUGCAGAGUUUGUUCGUAACCAAAUUGAAGAAGCCGUCAAGCAAGGGGCAAAACCUUUAAUCGACCCCGCACUUUUUCCGGAGGACAGUAGAAAUACUCCUUAUUUGGCUCCCCAAGUUCUCGUCAACGUAAAUCACACCAUGAGAGUCAUGACUGAAGAGAGUUUUGGUCCUGUUAUUGGCAUCAUGAAGGUAUCUUCUGACGAAGAAGCCAUUCAUUUGAUGAACGACUCUGAAUUUGGGUUGACCGCAAGUAUUUGGACCAAGGAUGAAGAGGCGGCACUGAGGAUAGGAAAUGAGAUUGAUACUGGAACUUGGUUUAUGAAUAGAUGCGAUUACCUUGAUCCAGCAUUAGCCUGGGUAGGUGUGAAGAAUUCAGGUAGAGGAUGUACGCUGUCCAAAUUCGGAUUUGAUUAUCUUACCAG